UCUGCAGCAACCUUGAGAGUGCCAGUCGUAAUGAAACUGCAUUCUUGUAUUGCCACUUUGUAACGCCUUUGCAUUCAAAGAACCGUUAUAAAAGAACAGUAUCCAUAUCUUUUAACCAUCAGUCAGGAUCCACUUAUCCAGAAGACAACACGCCCACCAACAUGAAGUUCAUAGUAUUGGCUCUCGCUUUGAUUGGGACUGCCGCAGCCAGUGGUAUUGCUCCUUUGGCCCAUGGAUACUCCGGAUUGGGAUGGGGACAUUCUCCAGUUGUUGCCACUGUGGCUCCAGCCAUUAGUUCCUACGCGGCCCAUUCAGUAGCCCCGGCCAUUACUUCCUACUCAGCUGCUCCAAUAGUCGCUUCUGUAGCGCCAGCCUACGCCAGCCAUUCCGUCGCUGCUCCAGCUAUUUCAUCCUACUCAUCGCAUUUAGCUACUCCUAUAGUUGCCUCUGUAGCUCCAGCUUAUGCCGGUCAUGCCAUAGCCGCUUCAGCUCUCAGUCAUUCCGUCGCCGCUCCACUUCUAACCAGAACGAUUGCUGCUCCAGCUAUUGGCCAUGGUCUUGCUAGUCCAAUUCUCAGUCGCACUAUUGCUGCACCAGCUCUGACUCAUGCUGUCGCUGCACCAUCUUGGACCCACGGCGUAGUUGCUCCAGCUAUCUCGUCCUACUCAGCUCAUGCUGUAGCUUCUCCAGUUGUUUCGACCUAUAGCGCUGCACCAGCCGUCGUUGCCGCUCCUGCCCUCACUUCUCAUGCUGUAAGUGCUCCAUUAGUAUCUGCUUACCAUUCUGCUCCAGUGGUUUCUGCCUACCAUGCCGGACCAACUGUCAUUGGAAGCGGUUGGGGUCAUGAUACCUGGAGUGUUGAUCUCUGGAAAAAGAAGAAGGCCGCUGCUCACUAAAAGUUUACAAAUGAAUGAAAAUCGGAACGGAAAAUAAAUUAGCUCAACGAAUAAAAGGAUUCAUUUUUAUUUUCA